UGCCUCAGUUGACAUCGAGCUGCCGAACGCGUCGGUUGCGUGUUGAUUAAAACUACUUAGAAUGUCGGAUACAGAUAGUCGACAACUGCUGAGCGAUAUGGCAGACGUGGUGCCGCAUGAUCAGCACGAGCUGCAGCUCGUCUCGGUUGGUGGUGGCAGUGGCAGUGAUUUGCCCAGUGUGGACAGCACCCCGAAGCUAUCGAAGCGCAACAGCUCGGAGCGCAGUCUCCCGCUGCGCAGCUACAACAAAUGGGCGCCCACGGAACACGGGGCAACGUUGGUCUGGCGUGAUCUUUGCGUGUACACCAAUGUGGGAUCGGGCAGCAAGAUGAAGCGGAUUAUCAACAAUUCAACGGGAGCUGUGCAGCCUGGUUCACUCAUGGCUCUAAUGGGCGCAAGUGGAUCCGGUAAAACGACGCUAAUGUCAACGCUCGCCUAUCGCCAGCCAGCUGGCACUGUGGUUCAAGGUGAUAUACUGAUCAAUGGACGUCGCGUUGGACCCUUCAUGCAUCGCAUCAGUGGCUAUGUGUAUCAAGACGAUCUCUUCAUUGGCGCGCUCACUGUGCUCGAGCACCUUAACUUUAUGGCCAAUCUUCGCCUGGAUCGUCGUGUGUCCAGUGAGGAGCGUCGUCUUAUCAUUAAGGAUCUGCUGGAGCGCACAGGACUGCUGUCAGCUUCCUCCACUCGCAUUGGCAGCGGCGAUGAUAAGAAGGUGCUUUCGGGUGGGGAGCGCAAGCGCCUCGCCUUUGCUGUGGAGCUGCUCAACAAUCCGGUGAUUCUUUUCUGCGAUGAGCCCACCACGGGUCUGGACUCCUACAGUGCUCAGCAGUUGGUGGCCACUCUGCAUGAGCUGGCCCAGAAAGGCACCACUAUAUUGUGCACAAUACAUCAGCCAAGUUCGCAACUCUUCGACAACUUCAAUAAUGUCAUGCUGUUGGCAGAUGGUCGCGUGGCCUUUACAGGUUCUCCACAGCACGCGUUGAGCUUCUUUGCGGACCAUGGCUAUUACUGCCCGGAGGCCUACAAUCCGGCAGACUUUCUGAUUGGCGUGUUGGCCACAGAUCCCGGCUACGAGCAAGCUUCGCAGCGUUCGGCACAGCAUUUGUGCGAUCAAUUUGCGGUCAGUUCGGCGGCCAAGCAGCGCGAUAUGCUGGUUAACCUCGAGAUACACAUGGCGCAAUCGGGCAACUUUCCCUUUGACACCGAACUCGAUGCUUUCCGCGGUGUUGCCUGGUACAAACGCUUCCAUGUGGUUUGGCUAAGAGCAACGCUAACGCUGCUCAGAGAUCCCACCAUUCAGUGGAUGCGUUUUGCCCAGAAGAUGGCGAUGGCUUUCAUCAUUGGCGCCUGUUUUGCGGGCACCACGGAACUUACCCAACUCGGUGUGCAGGCUGUGCAGGGCACGCUCUUCAUCAUGAUAUCGGAGAACACGUACCAUCCCAUGUACUCGGUGCUCAAUGUGUUUCCUCAGGGCUUUCCACUGUUCAUGCGUGAGACGCGCUCCGGCUUAUACAGUCCGGCUCAUUACUAUGUGGCAAACAUUUUGGCAAUGUUGCCUGGCAUGAUUCUCGAGCCGCUGCUGUUCGUGGUCAUCUGCUAUUGGAUCACGGGACUGCGGGCCACGUUCUAUGCCUUUGGGAUAACAGCGAUUUGUGUAGUGCUCGUUAUGAACGUGGCCACCGCAUGUGGUUGCUUCUUCUCGACGGCCUUCAAUUCGGUGCCCUUGGCCAUGGCUUACUUGGUGCCCCUCGAUUAUAUAUUCAUGAUUACGUCUGGCAUCUUUAUCAAAAUUAGCUCGUUGCCAUUGGCAUUUUAUUGGACGCAAUUUCUAUCGUGGAUGCUCUAUGCCAACGAAGCGAUGACAAUUGCCCAAUGGUCCGGCGUGCAAAACAUCACUUGCUUCCAGGAAAGUGCCGACUUGCCCUGCUUCCACACCGGGCAGGAUGUGUUGGACAAGUACAGCUUCAAUGAGGCGAAUCUGCAGCGCAAUCUCUUGGCCAUACUUGGCCUCUACUUUGGCUUCCACCUGCUGGGCUAUUAUUUCCUUUGGCGACGCGCGCGCAAAAUCUAAAAAAAACAAAAACAAUAGCCAACAUACAAUUACUCGUAUUUAUCCCUGUUUAGUCCUUGUUUAACCAACUGUUCUGUUUGCUUUGAGCAGCUGUAAAUAUAUUGAUUACGAAAUUUGCA